UAUGGACUUUACUAAUGUAAAAGUAAAGAAAGAAAUAUCUGACAAAGGGCAGACUAAAAGGCAAUCAGAAAUGAAAACAUCCGUAGGUAUUGUUGACCUAACUGUGGAUCUUCCAAACAAAAUAAGUAAUCAGCAAAAUGCAGAGGAUUUUACUGCUCCUCGUGUCCUACCUCAACCCAGUUUGGACCAUCUGCAACAGUAUACACCUGCAAAUGCUGCUAUGGAGUUCAGAAACGACUCCCUGUCUUUUCAAACUCAGAAGUCAUAUCAGCAAGCAGCCACUCAACCCAGAAUACAGUAUGGACCGCAGACGGGAAUACAUUCUGAACCAGCAAAGCCUUCACUCCCACAUUUGGUUCCAACUGAACGAAGAACAGUACCUCUUCAGUAUUGUGUCCCAAAGACUGUGCAGAGCAGCAAAUCUACUCAGUUGCCCCAUAAUGUUGCAUAUCAGCACAUCAGCAGUGCACAUGACAAGUCAAAUAAACCUCAACAAAUCUUUCCAAACAAACCUCAACAUUCAGUUCCACAGCAGCAUUUCCAGCAUCCCGGUGUGGAAAUGCCGAUCUCUCAGGCAAGUAAACUGAAGUUGCAAAACCAAGAUACAAGUGGUCAGCAUGACAUGACCCAAAGACCCAAAAUUCUUAUCAAGCAGGCGACGGUAGAGAGCUGUGGGAGCACGGAGGAGUUAGAAGAAAGUGGAAUAAUGACUAGUAGCAGUCAGCCACCUGUUCCUUGCUCUACCCAGCCUCUGGUUAGUGCAACUGUUACCACCACAUUGUCUUUGAAAGAAGAUUUAAAUAUUCAGCAAGUAGUUGAAAGUCAGAGAACUGAUACUUCUGUGUCACCUGGAGUGGGACAAUCUGUGCACAGCCAAAGCCCGUCACGCGCAGUCGGUUAUGCAAAAGGACCUCUUCAGGGCUCAAAACCACCUGAUUUAAACCAACACAACAUCACUUCUCAGCAUUAUCGCACAUCGACCCUAACUUCAAGCAGCAUUGAUUCAUUUCAAUAUGCUUCACAAGCUAAAGCACCUUCAUCACAAUCCACCUCAGUGCCAACAAUUCACACGAGUGGUCAGGAUCAGGGUUUCAGACGUGAACCACAGAUACCGGUAACAUCAGCAGGAUCCUCCUCUGUCAGGAGUUUGAUUUCAUUAUUUAGUGAUUUGAAUGCACAAUCUGAAAGUGCAAAUUCAUCUGCUCCUGUUUCCCAACAUGCCAUGGUUGUGUCUAAACCUGUGGACCACAGUAAAGGAGAUAUUCCACCACAAAUGCUACCCAUCAGGCGAGAUACAUUCGCCCCAGUUACCCAUGUUAAAAUGACAGAAUUGGUUACCUCUAAUGCACAAACGCCCAUUGUGUCAAGUUCUAGCUCUUGUACAGUAGCACAUAUACAAGGUAAUGCUGAAUCCAGACCAGUGACUCCUCAAAUUAAAAUAGUUUCAUCUUCAGAAUUAUCUAAAGAUCAAUCUGCAGCCAUACAGACAGAGCUAACUCCAAAAAUACCUCUCACCUCUAAACCCAGAGGUUGGAUUUCAAAUAAGGAGGGUCAUCGGUCAUUACCGGGUGCUUUUAAACCUCCAAAUCUGUCUCAAGACUGUCAACAACUACAUGCAGCAAUAAAUGUGUGCACAGAAAGAACAGCAGCAGAGAAAGUAUCGCCCAUUCCUGAAACAUCCCCAGUUAAACUGCCAGAAAACAACCUGCACAAAGAAAGUCAAAGUGUUGAUGGCUCAGCAGAAAUUUCUCAAACACUGCCAGAGGCUACAUCAGAAGAAAUUGUGAUAAAUGAAACAACUGUGCAUAAAUCAGACACAUCACAACAGCCAGUUUCAGACGAGCGUAAACUGACUUUAUCCACACAAUCUAUCACUGUCAACAGUGGACUGAGUGAGGUUCCCUGUAUACCUAAUGAACCACAAGAGAAAAGCAGAAAGCUGAGGUCUAUCUACAUUGGCAUUAACUCCCAGGACAUGCCUCCUUUCAGCACAGACAAUGAACCAGAGGAUCUUAAACCUUACGUUAGACUGCCUCACAUUUUCAUCUCUGCGGCAAGCUCACCAGAAGAAGAGCUGAAUGAACAUGAAAUGAGUGAAAGCAGCAAACCUGAUGUCACAGAGGUUGGUGCUUUUGAAGAUGUCUCGCCUGAUUCGGAAAAAACACCGGACCAAGAUGAAUUUUUAUCGGAUAUUAUUGUUUCAGAGUCAGAUAAAUCUAAAGAUGAAAGCAGUAUCAUAAAAGAAUCUACUGAAAUAUCUGUAGACGAGGUCAAGACCCCACCAAAUAAUCAAGACUCGCAGCACAUCUUGACUGAGAAGAGUUCGGCUACAGGUGCAAACUUCUCAAAUGUUGAGUCAAAUGUGGCUUGCAAGCAGGAACUUCCAUUAACUUCAACGGACUCAAAUGUAUCAACUUCAGACACAGCACCACUCGAGGUUCCUCCCAGUGAUUUGGUUUGUCAGGAAGAAAACCUAACUUUGGUUGAAAAAAUACCAAAAUGUGUUAAAUCAGCAGAGGAGCCAUCCAUCAAAGAUGAAAACAAACUUUCAGAAGCUGUGUCUGUGUUACCUGAAACGGUUCAGUGUACUCUGAAAGAAUCAGCUGAAGAGGACCAACAUCGUCAAGCCAAAUCUGAAAAGGAUGCCGCUCUGUCUGAACCUGAGCCAGCUCCCAUCAGCUCUCCUGCUGAGAAGGUUGCUGUCCCCAAGGAGGAUAGUGCACCUGUCAAAGUUGAUCUACCCAAAACUGAACAGACCAAUGAGCAAAUGGGAAUAGGUAUAUUUUCAUUGUUUAGUGGUUCUACAGAAACCCCACAACAAACGGCCUCUCAAACUGGAUUAUCAGUACUCAGUGGAAUUCUUCCUGGCUCCUCUACCAAAGACACCUCUGGGACAGGGUUGCUGUCAAUGUUUGGUGGUUUAAAUACUUCUCCUUUAUCUGAAUCCAAAGACACAGUACCACAGUCCACUCAACAAGAGCCGCAGGGAAAAGGUCUGUUUUCCAUGUUUGGUGGUUCAAGUGUUCAGCCACCAUUUGGUCCAAGGGCUCCAACUGCUGGAGGUGUGAGACCCAGAGGUCCUCCCCCCAAAGAGUCUCCAGGAAAAGGCCUGUUUUCCAUGUUUGGUACAUCUGCACCUCAACAACCACCCAGUCCCAAGGGUCAUCCAGGUGUUGGUCCCACACCAAGAGGACCUUCCACUGGAUCUUCUCUGUUUGGUGGCAUCCUACAAGGUUCUGCAACACAUAAGGACACCCCAGGUUUGUUUUCUAAGUUUGGCAGUCUGGGUUCCCAACCUCAAACUGGACCGAGAAGAUGUGCACCUGCACCAACAGUUACACCACCAAGACCCAGUGCUCCAGAGAGCUCAGGGAAGGGACUGUUCUCUAUGUUUAGCGGACCAAACCAAGAAUCAUCAGAAGCACAACCUGCAGUUUCUAGACCGGCAGAGUCGGACAGUGGUUUUAAAGUGUCUUCUGUGUUUUCCCUUGCGGGGAUUUCUGAUGGUAAUAAAUCUAAAACUGGGUUUGGACUGUUCGGAAUGUCUUUUUUAGACGAAACCAAAACAGAGCCAGAAAAAAAUGCUCCUGUCAAAGAAGACACGACCUCACAGGAAGUAAAAUUCCAAGAUGCAGAAGUUUUUGUAAAAGAAGUAAAGGAUGACCACGAUGACUCUGUCACACAUUUACCGACUGAGCCUUCUUCUACAUCAUCGAUUGAGGAGCCACACGCAGAUUUUCAAGAUAAAGCCAAAGAGGUUGCUAAAAAUUAUCCACAAAUAGACAUAAAUAAAGAAACUACAAACCAAUUAGAUCUUUCUUUUAACCAAAAUGCUUCAGUGAUGUCUGAAACUUCCAUUGUAGAUGAAUUAAAUGUCGCAAGUAGUUUACCAGAAAUAGAGACACCAAAACAAGUUAGCGAGACACAAUCAGACAUUCUAAGUGAAAAUAAAGACACAGAAGAUGUGGUAGAGGUUGGGCACAAAGCUGAUGAAUCUCAAGUUCAUGCUUUGGAAAUUAAAAGCACUUCUAAUCAAAGUGACUUAGCUGAGGUCAGUCAUCCAUCAGAAAGGAUUUGCACUUUCCAAGCGCCAGAAAAUGUUGCAGAUUCUAGUGAAAUAUCCACUAGUGCUAAUAUUAAUGUGGAAGAGAUAAAACCUGUUGUUGAGGACGUAGUCAUAAUUUCAGAGUUGCAGGAUCAAACUGAAGACACUCUGAAAGUUGCUGUCAAAGAACAAACAGCUGUUAUAGAUGCCACUACAUCUCCUGAGGAAGCUUUAAAGGUUUCUAGUGAAGAACAAAAAUCAAUUACAAUUGAUGAAAACUCAUUUCAGAAACUUUUAGAGGAUGAUGGAGAAAAUCAACCUUCAGUUGCAGCUGCUGAAAAAUCACCUGAAAAGGGUUUAGAAAUUUCCGGUACGCAACAAAUAGCAGUUAUUCAUGCUGCUACAUCUCCUGAGGAAACUUCAAAGGUCUCUAGUGAAGAACAAAGUUCAGUUAAGGUUGAUAAAAACUCAUUUCAGGAACUUUCAGAGGACGAUAGAGAGAGGCAACCUCCAGUUGCAGCUGUUGAAAAAUCACCCAAAGAGUGUUUAGAAGUUUCCAGUAUACAACAAACAGCAGUUAGCAAUGUUGAAAACCUCUCUGAUGAAUCUCUGAAAAUUACCGGUGAAGAACAAACAGCGAUCACAGAUGUGGAAAUGUUAACCAAAGAGGUAACUGUGGAUGUUUCAGAAAAAUCAACUGCAGAUUUAACCGAGAGAGACUCCAACCUCUCAUCUGACAUAACUGUAAAGGAGCCAACUGAGACAAAACUUAAAGCAGCAGCAGAAAUUCCUCAUGAAUCAGAUAAAACUUGUGAAAAUGAAGCUGUUGUGACAGUAGCCUCGUCAUCAGAUGAAGAUAAAGCUCCUAGUGGAAUGUCAAUAGCGCCGGCUAGCCCUUUACUACUUCAACAGCCUAGGCAAGGCAUUGUUAGACCACCUGGCCCGCCAAGACCUACCAUGGGAACACCAAGAAUGGGGGGACCAAGAACGGGUGGGCCACAGAUGGGGUCCCCUAGAAUGCCCGGCCCAAGAAUGGUCGGACCAAGGCAACAAGGACCGCAAAAGGUCCCUGAAGCAGCUCCGUUUUCUGGCUUCAUGUCGAUGUUCUCCUCAAGUGCACCAAGUAAAUCAUCAACUGUUAGUGGAUUUUUCUCGAGUUCACCUGGCUCAUUUUUUGGAUCUUCCCCUCAUCAGCCACCGCCACAACAACAACAACAACAGAAAAGCUCUUUCUUUGGUCUUCCAAGUGGCAUUGCGACAGAGUCCAUUACCGGCGACCUUUUUGGUAUGUUCAAAAGUUCAGAGGCAACAAAGUCUGAGGAACCUCCGCAGGUCGACACAAAGCCUGGACCAGAUGAUCUCUCUGAAAACCCGAUGAACUCGGGGAACACUUUAAACUCAAAUGCAGAAAUCACACCUUCAACCGACGUUGGACACGUUAAAAGCAUUGAAGACUCACCUGAAAAAGGGCUGGUGGAAGAGGCAGAGAGGAAAGACAAAUCGGAAGACGAGAGUUCUCUCAUUGAAUCUACCAUAGAACCAGUAGAAGAUGUAGAAAAUGGCAAACAUUCAGUAGAAUCCAGAACUGAAGAGUCUCUUAAAGAUGCACCAACUAUACCUCCUGAAGCCAAGGGUGUGUUUGAUAUACCCAGUCUGACCACCCCAAAAUUUGGCUCUCUGUCUGUAGCUACUGAUGGCAUAUCAUCUAUUGGAUCCCUUUUCUCUACCACAUCUCCUGCUAAGACCCAGCAUCAGCAGACAGAUCUCCUUUCAGGUUUUAAAAGCUUUUCAGCCAGUAUUUUCCAGGAAGACAAGCUGACCGGAAAGGAGGAAACGUCAACUUCGUCGUCUGUGUUUGGUUUGAAACUGAGCUCUAUGUUCGGCGCCUCUGACUCUCCCAAACCUGAAUCCGGCUCUCCCUCGGUCACGUCCCAGCCUCUGUCUGAAAGUCCGAAACCCACAGAUGAAUUAGACGAGCCGGACUCUAACAAACCAUCUCCAGGUUCGGGAGAAACCGAAGGUGCAGAUGCAAGCGACACGGAAGGACCGACGGAAACGUCGAAAACAGGAAGCUGUGACACAUUAGCACAAACGCCACAGUCGGGCUUCCCCUCUCUGUCAGGGUCUCUUUCAGAAAGUUUGGAUAAACAAAACCUCGUGAUGUCGUCCCAGUUAGAUCAGAGUGAAGUAAGCACACCUGAGACCAGGCUUGCAGAUCUGGGAACAAAGGAUCUGUUGACAGCGAAAGCUGCUAAAAGUCCCCUGGACAAUUCGUCGGGGAACCUCAGCUCCGUCAGCUCCCAGCUCAGCUCUGAGCCCGAGGACCGCCACCAGCCGGGACACUGCCCCCCCACAGACCGCCGGCCCCCUCUCCUAAACCAGACAUCUGAGGACGAGGCGCCUGAGAAAGAGGCCACCGGGCUGCCAGAACCUGGAGCCGACAAAGACCUGAAGGAUCUCAAAGCAGCCUGGGAGGUGAAGACGGAUGGAAGUAAAAGCUGUUUGUUCGAGGACGGCCUCCUUCCCUGCUCUCCAUCUAAAGUCCGCUGGCUGAAGGCCUACAACAGGGUCCGGGUCAAGCUUCUUCAGAGCCAAGACCAAGAUGGUGACCCCGCAAAGCUCCCGUGGGCCAAGCCAGGGGGAGGCACGCCUUUUGGCAUCGAUAGCAUGCCAGACCUCCGCAAGAGGAGGCCCAUCCCUCUCGUUAGUGAACUGGCGAUGUCCAUAAUCCAGUCCAGGAAGGCCGGACUCACGCAAUCCCUGGCCACACGGACCUCACUGAAGGACGAAGAGCUUAAGAACCACGUUUACAAGAAGACCCUGCAGGCUCUGAUCUACCCCAUCUCCUGCACCACGCCGCACAACUUCGAGGUGUGGACCGCCACCACGCCCACCUACUGCUACGAGUGCGAGGGUCUGCUGUGGGGCAUCGCCCGGCAGGGCAUGCGCUGCGCUGAGUGCGGGGUCAAAGUUCACGAGAAAUGCCAGGAGCUUCUGAACGCCGACUGCCUGCAGAGGGCUGCGGAGAAGAGCUCCAAGACGGGGGCGGAGGACCGGACGCAGCACAUCAUCAUGGCCAUGAAGGACAGGAUGAAGAUCCGCGAGAGGAACAAACCUGAGAUCUUCGAGGAAAUCCGUAAAGUGUUCAACGUGUCGAAGAUGCUCCACUCCCAGCACAUGAAGAGCAUCAAGCAGAACGUCCUGGACGGCACCUCCAAGUGGUCGGCCAAGAUCACCGUCACAGAGAAGAGAACCGACAAGUCGGCAGUGUCCGGUGCCGUUCGUCUUCAGAUCAGCGUGGAGAUUGAGGGAGAAGAGAAAGUUGCUCCUUAUCACGUUCAGUACACGUGUCUCCACGAGAACAUGUUCCACUUCUCCACGGACACCGAGGGCGGCGGCACGGUGAGGAUCCCGUUGGCUCACGGGGACGAUGCGUGGAAGGUCUACUUCGACGAGGUGAAGCAGGACAUCGUGGACGAGUUCGCCAUGAGAUACGGCGUGGAGUCCAUCUACCAGGCCAUGACCCAUUUCUCCUGCCUGUCCUCCAAGUACAUGUUGCCCGAGGUGCCGGCAGUGAUGAGCACCCUGCUGGCCAACAUCAAUGCCUUCUACGCCCACCCCACCGCCUCCACCAACGUCUCCGCUCCCGCCAGAUUCGCCGCCUCCAACUUCGGGAGAGACCGGUUUGUGAAGCUCCUGGAUCAGCUGCACAACUCUCUGCGUAUCGACCUCUCCAUGUACCGAAAUAAUUUCCCGGCCAGCAGCAAAGCUCGUCUCAGCGACCUGAAGUCCACGGUGGACCUUCUCACCAGCAUCACCUUCUUCAGGAUGAAGGUGCUGGAGCUGCCGAGCCCGCCCCGAGCGGCCAACGUGGUGCGGGACUGCGUCAAGGCCUGCCUGAACUCCACCUACGAGUACAUCUUCAACAACUGCCAGGAGCUCUUCAACCGCCAGUUCCAACCGAAAGAGGAGUGCCAGCCGGAGGAGCAAGGCCCGAGCGUCCAGAACCUGGACUUCUGGCCCAAACUCAUCACGCUCAUCGUUUCCAUCAUCGAGGAGGACAAGAACUCGUACACGGCCGUCAUCAACCAGUUUCCUCAGGAGCUGAAUGUGGGGAAAGUCAGCGCCGAGGUCAUGUGGACCCUGUUUGCUCAGGACAUGAAGUAUGCUCUGGAGGAGCAUGAGAAACAUAAACUGUGUAAAUCCGCUGACUACAUGAACCUGCACUUUAAAGUCAAGUGGCUCUACAACGAGUACGCCAAGGAGCUGCCGCCGUUCACUGAGGUUGUUCCUGAAUAUCCCUCGUGGUUUGUCCAGUUUGUCCUGGCCUGGUUGACUGAGAACGAGGACGUGUCCAUGGAGUUCAUGCACGCAGCGCUGGACAGAGACAGGAGAGAGGGGUUCCAGCAGACGUCUGAGCACGCUCUGUUCUCCAGCUCGGUGGUGGACAUCUUCACGCAGCUCAACCAGAGCUUCGAGAUCAUCAGGAGGCUGGAGUGUCCCGAUCCCGCCGUGGUGGCCCAGUACAACCGGCGCUUCGCCAAGACCAUCACCAAAGUUCUGCUGCAGUACUGCGCCAUCCUGACCAAGAGCUUCCCGUCCUACUGCGAGAAGGAGAAGAUGCCCUGUGUUCUGAUGAACAACAUCCAGCAGAUGAGGGUCCUGCUGGAGAAGAUGUUCGAGUCGAUGGGAGCCAAACAGCUGGACACGGAGGCGGCCGACGUCCUCAACGAGCUGCAGGUGAAGCUCAGCAGCAUCCUGGACAACUUCAGCAUCCUGUUUGCAAAAAGCUUCAUGAACCGUAUAAACAGCUGCAUGCGUCAGAUGGCAGAGAUCCUGUACCAGAUGAAGGGUCCACCCAACCCCGGCGCUGCAGAGGCGGACGCUGACGCCGCGCUCAGACCCCUCAUGGAGUUCCUGGAUGGGAAUCUGAGCGUCUUCGCCGACAUCUGUGAGAAAACGGUUCUGAAGAGGAUCCUGAAGGACCUGUGGAAGAUGGUCCUGAGCAGCCUGGAGAAGACCGUGGUCCUUCCUCAGAGCAGCGACAGCCUGGGAGCCCAGCUCCUCACAGCAGCUAAAGGACUCUCUAACCUGAAGGGAGGAGGUGAAGCCAGAACUCUGACACCCAAACAGUGUUUGGUUAUUGACACCGGGCUGGAGACCAUCAAGCAAUACUUCCACGCCGGAGGAAACGGGCUGAAGAAGGCGUUUGUGGAGAAAAGUCCGGAGCUGGCGUCGUUACGUUACGCCCUGUCACUGUACUCCCAGAGCACCGACGCUCUGAUCAAAACCUUCAUCACAACCCAACACUCCCAAGUCCACGACGGGAUGGGGGUCAGGAUCACCGGCAGCGAGAAGAUCCCACCUGACAGAGGUUCAGGGGUGGAGAAGCCCAUCGGAGAGGCUGUGCUGCAGAUUGACACAAUACUGGGAAAGGAACGGAAAGUCAACGUUCGAGUCAUCGCUGUGAACGACAUGAAGUGGCAAACAUCCGGAAUGUUCCGGCCCUUCGUGGAGGUCUCCAUGGUGGGUCCUUUCCUUGCUGACAAGAAGCGCAAGUUCACCACCAAAUCUAAGAACAACAGCUGGAGCGCCAAGUUCAACGAGACCUUCCAGUUCCUUCUGGGGAAGGAGUCCCCGGACUGCUACGAGCUGCAGGUGACGGUGAAGGACUACUGCUUCGGCCGAGCGGACCGGGUGGUGGGCGUGGCCGUGGUCCAGCUGCGGGACGUGGCGGACAGGAAGAGCUGCGCGUGCUGGUGUCCCCUGGGGCCGCGCGUCCAGACGGACGAGACGGGCACCACGGUGAUGAGGAUCCUGUCCCAGCGGCCCGCCGACGAGGUGGCCAAAGAGUUCGUCAAGCUGAAGUCCGAGACCAGACCCGUGGAGGAGGGCAGGUGAGCCCGGGUCCUGCCCCAGGAUCAUGACCCACAUCGUCCUGACGUGUCUGCUUCAUCAUAUCUGACAGAUUUGGAUUUUCUGCAGAAAGAUUUGACGUAAAAAUAUUAAAAUUAAACGAUUAACGAGAGAAAAAAGAACCGGAUCUGAGAGGAAACCAAAGGAAACUCAUCCAGAACCAGUCCCCUUCGAAUGUGUUACCGGACUCCCGCAGCACCAGACGUGUCUUACUCAGAGUUCAGUCAUCAGGAUGUGGUGAGCGGGACAGGAAGUGCAGCUUUCCUGGACAGGAAGUGGUUCAGAUGUUUGUGAUAUUUCAUUUAAAAAACAAACGUUUGUUUGUAGCAGGUUCCUUAAACAUGAAAAGCCUUAAACCGAGCCGCUGGAGACGAGUGAAGGAUCGAGGAGCAAAGCAUUGUGGGUAUGAAGUGUCCGACCUUUAGGUUUCUGUUUCUUGUUUGCUGCUCUGAACAGAAAAAAAACAGAUUUUAUUUUAUUUUAUUUAUUUUUGAAGAUGAAACAGAUGAAACAGAUGUGGAUCAAUUCUUGGUUCCAGAACCUUUGGGGGUCACUUCCUGUCUGCCGUUCUGAUCAGCCGGACCACCACAGCUGACUCGUUUUCCCUCCACCUUAACGUGGUGGGAGUGGUCUGAGUCCCCCUGGUGGUCCCGGUGGUCUCGGUCCUCUCCAACAUAUUCAUAAAAACCUGAUCAUUUCUGCAGGUUUUAGUUUUAACUGAAUUAUUUCUUUUAUUUUUGUUCCUUUAGUUUAAAGACUUGAUCUGGAACAAACUGGUUUCUGUGCCGAGGACCACCUGCUUCUGUUUCGUGUAGAUUUAAAAACAAACGUGGCCUUUUGUCGACUUCACUGCUGCUUUCUGAAAAACAGUCUUCAUCAAAGUGAACAAACGUCUGCAGAACACCGGCGACCGCAGGAAACAACUCUAAACUGUAAAAAAAUAAAAAUAAAAAAAAGCAUGAAUUAAUUUUAUGUUUUUAUUUUCCUCUCCUGAUGUCCGUCGUGUGAAACGGAGCAGAUGUGUGUAAAAUAUAACUGUAUUCAAAUGUAACAUUUUGUACAUAAAAUAUUUAUGAAUCAAG